GCAUUACCUUAUAAUCUAAACGCACUCCAACCAAAAUUCUAACCUGAAAUAGGUGUGAUACAGUAUCUGAUACAGAGCUGGACCGUCGCACUUCUUCUUUUUACCUGCUUUUCAUUGGGGGACUUGCUAAUCCGGACAACAGGUUAUAAAAAGGAUCCAGACGCGAAGGGCGCUUUUCGUGGGACUUAACAGCGGCGGCCUGACGUGCACCUCAGGAUAAGCGCACUGAAUUGGCAUUUGAAGGAGCCUGUAGGCAUUCGGCAAGAGCGUACCCUGGCUGCGUGACUGCUGGCGGCGAAGGUGUAAACAUUGGCUGAAGAACAUUUCAAGGUCGACUCGCUGAAGCGAGCUGGAGUUGCUCUCAAAUGGCGUUCCUCAAUCGGCUCUUUAAUCGCAAAAGCAAAACAGAGCUCGUGAGCAGCCAGGCGACACAGCAACAACUUCGCCGUUCUCUCACAGACCCGAACCCACCAACCAUCGCGAGCCAACGAGCCAGGACAUCGUCAAGCGAUGAACGGGACACUUUUGACAUUUACGCGCCGUCAAGGUUGUCGAGACCUAGGAGAGUCGGUUGUGAUUUCACGCGGGCGAAGACGAGCGUUGAGAGUGGCUCAGUGCGCAGCUCAAACUCUUCCGCAGCGGACCCGGCAUACAACAUAGCAGAUGGCGUGAAGGGUCAAUAUAGACAGCUUAAGCCACUACAUCGCUCAAGGCUUCAUACCAUUAUGGCGGCACAGGAUCGCAGCAGCAAACGGACGGUUGUCAUGAAAACCGUUUACAAGUCGCGCCUAAGUGCCGCGAUGCGAACCAAGCUGGAAAGCGAGGUCCAGCACUUGCGGACGCUAGCAGGCGUGCCCGGAGUCGUGCAGUACCUGAACCACUUUGAGGACGACGAGUGCUUUUACAUCGUCCUGGAGCGCUGCCCAGGCCUCACGCUCAUCGAGCUCAUAGCCAACUGCGGCGGGCGGCUGCCUGAGCACGUCCUGGUGCCGUACAUCCUCAUCCCGCUGACGCUACUGCUGGCGGAUCUGCACCGGAGGGGUGUCGUACACCGGCAGUUGAAACCCGAGCAUGUGCUGUGCUGUCACGAGAGCGCGAGCAUCACGCUGGUGGAUUUCGCGGAGGCGGUGAACGCCAAGCAGCGCUGCUUGAACAACCGGGCUGGGGCUUUGGAGUACAUGGCUCCCGAGGUGCUUGACAAGCCCACUGCCGAGGAGGUGUUCCACCAGGUGCUCAGCCGGGGCAUCAGCGAGGAGGAGCUGCCGCAGUACGACGAGAAGGCGGAUGUCUGGAGUCUGGGUGCCCUCACCUACGAGGCCCUCACCGGCUGCCAGCCCUUCCUCGCCGACUCGCCGGCGGACAUGGGCGCCCUGCAGCGGGAGCUCCUCGCCUCCUCGGAGCCGCCCUCCGCACCCACCACACCCUCCGCAGCGGGGGGUGGCAGUCAGCGGCUGUUCGCCGGACGGUCUCUGUCCCCCGAGGCGCGCUCCUUCCUCACUCAGGCACUGCAGCUGGACCCGACCCGGCGGCCCUCCGCGGAGGCGCUGCUGCAGCACCCGCUGCUGCGGCGCUACUGGACCAGGUACCAGGAUAAGCAGGUGGCGCUGCUGGCGUCGUCGUCGGUGGGCUCCGUCGCGGCUGCAGCAGCGGCGGCGGAGGCGGGAGGAGCAGCAGCAGGAGCAGUGCCGGCGGUGGCGGUGGCGCCUGCUCCGCCGCCGCGGGCGUUAGCACGGCCUGUGUGGACGGAGGUGGGUAUUGCGGCGGUGGCGGCAACGGGGAGUCCGAUGCGUGGGUCGGUGAGGGGGCCGACGGCGGUGACGCCGGCGACGGCGUGUUGUGGAGCGCCGUCGGAGGUGGCGCAAGCGAACGUGCUCGUUGCGGCGCCUCUGCAGUUCUCCGUACGGUAGGAGGAUUGGAGAGGAGGAUGAAAGGGAGGGAGAAAGCGUUGCGCAAUGGCGGGCUGGAUUGGAUUACCAACAGCAUCCGUUGGAGCUAUGAAGGGGCUGCAGCAGAGAAAGUCCCGUCCCGUCCUGCCAACAACUUGAGCUUACUUGGUGUGUUUUUGUGUGUGGUUGACGCGUUUGUUUUUGUGGAAAAACGGGCGUCCAGGACCCCGCUUAGGCGCCUGUUCGAUUGGUUCGCAAGGUAGAAAGUCGUUAACACGGCGAAUGCCAGGGAAUGCAAGUCGAGCCCUUUGGAUUUGGGCAGGGCAGGAAUUCAAACGUGUGGCUUCCCAACCUCUUCCAAAGAAAGAGGUUGUGUGGAUCUUUGCUUUUUGCCUAAACAUUCAAAAAAGGAAAAGGGAACUCAACCCCAGCGUGUGUCGUUGCUUAUGUGUGCUUGGUUGCCGCUGCUGCUGCUACAGCUGAUGGUGGCGUUUAGGAGGGAGUUUCAGGUCGCUACCUUAGUAGGGAACUGAAAAGGAGGCUUGCAUGCUUUUGCUAAGCCUAUAUACUACUUAUCAGAGCGAGGGGCGAUGAUGAGAGGUUUGUGUGCUUGUGCGCCGAUGACGAAGAGAACCCAAGUUCUGGGUAUAUGGAGCGAUGCAGUUACAUGCGGGCGGUUGUUCGCUGAAGUCGGGUUUGCUGGUGGGUCUGUGGCGUGGUGCUGCGGCGGCUUGUUGCGUUCCCAGCUGCUGUUAUCAGUGGGGGGAGGGCGCAACGGACAGCGCUUUUUGCCGGCGGCAACACCCCUAGCACUUUUCCCAAGUGUGUUGUUUGCCAGCUGUGUUUCUCGAUCAAUGGUACGCUCGACCUUCCUGGAAAGGAUCGUACAUCGGAAUCUCUCCCCAAGAUCCAAGUAUCCGGAUUUCAAGAUCCAUUGAAGCUAGAGUCGUCGUGAAGUUGCGGUUACACAUGCGCGUUUAGGUGCUGUUGGCGAAUAGCGAUGGGCGCUUGUUGCUAUUCGAUAUCGACGUUGGACGAGCAAACUACGAAGGAACAAGGGCUGGUUAUACCGGUAGCUCUAGGGUUUGUGUGCAAGGCGAUGCAAUGCAAGUGAGUGUGCGGUGUGUGAUGAUGACUGUGCGCAGGAAGUGUGAGAAGGUGUGCGAGCAGCUGAGGGCCGUAUUGGAACUACAAAGCUCCGCUUGGCAGGCUUUGUAUUGUCCGUGCGGUUCUUCGUCGAGGCGUUUCGGGUUGUGGGCUGGUCAGGGUGUAUGGCGUUGAGGGUACAAGUGGAGGGGUAUUUGUGUGCGCUUAGGGAGCAUGGCGCAUUUGAGGAAUUGAGGGAAUUGUUUCCUGGCUGUGCAACAGCCGUUUAUGUGCGGGUCGGGUGGGGUGAGGAGCAAUGAGGAGCGGAUUAUGGGGCUGACGGCGACCCACGGGUCAGUCCACCGGCUUGCACGGGACUUCUUGCAGCGCAGUAUCGUUACCACAACCCAAGCGUUGUUGGUUUCGGCCACAUUGGUGACCCUAGUCCCUAGCAUACCCCGUGUUCAGCCGGGUAGACUGAGGGCGAAUGGAAGCUCUGGGUGAUGCCUUGCGGCUGUUUUGCUUUUUGGCGCUUUACAGAAAUGCGCACCAAUCCGCGGCGAUUGCACAAUGGAACAACAAACCUUACACGACAAUGCGCAAAUGCAUGAGUGCCUUGGCAUGGCAUGGCCGUCCUUAAUUUUGGGGCGCAACAUUGAGCGAAGAGGAUGGCUUGUUUUUCUGCCGAUUAAAUCAACGUGCGAAGUGAUGCGAGGAGCCCUCUGAUACGGUAUGAGUGUGACACUGUUCGUUUCAUCGAGUCUGGAACUUUGACACUUCUAUUCGUGUUUGCGGUUGUGUGCUAUUGUUUGGUUAUUCUGUGGAAGAUAAUGGGAGCGGUGAGACGGUAGGAGCGGUGCUGCACGCUUGAAUGCGUGUGGCAGUCUGAUGUUUUGACUGAUCGAAUGUUAUUCGCUGCUGUCGGGAAAAAUGUGCGCUAGUGAGGAGCGAGGAGAAAGAAAGGCUAUCGGUGUUGGUGUUAGGAGUGCUGCUGGUGCCGGUGCUGUUGAACACGCGCUUUGUGGUGGCCUGCUACAGGGGUGCUUAAUGAACGGUGUGCACCAUGGUGAAGGAGAUGAUGUUGGCGAUGCCGCCUGGCUCCAGCAGUGGAAGUGUGGAGAGAAGCAAGGGUGGUGUGAGGUGUGCUCGAUGGGCUCACGAGGGGCAUGGCAAGCAGAGUAACACCUCAAGCAAAGCACACGCAUACCACGUCUUUAUGGCCCGGGCCGUAUUCUGUUUACAUGUUUACUCGCGCACUGUUGUAAAAAAAGGGAGGGCUGUGGAUUGGAGAGGGGUUGAGUAGAGCGAGAGGCGGUUUCCCUAACGGUGCAAUUUCUAUCGUGUGGUGGUUGGUAGUGCUUUUUGUUGUCGUACGUGGGAGUGCCUGCAGCCAUAUGAUGGUGCACUACACGUCGCCGUCGGGCCCUGUGUAUUAGUGUGGUGUCAGUGUAAAGGUUUGGAAUGCGUGUUUUUAGCGUGGGGAGGGGCGCUACCCCGGAGGAGGUAAUCUGCAUACGAACGCUUAUUUGGAAUUGUUGCUACCCGUGCUUCGUUGGGACCCGUUUGGUGGAUAUACUGUCGGUGUAGGCUUUCUAUGUUGCGCGGCGAAGCCGCCCGAUGCUAUGUGGAUAUCACUGGGGCUCCUAAUUGCUCGGCUUCUUGUGUGUGGGAACGGAUGAAUGGUAUUUUUGGGAAUGGCUAUAAUGAUUCAGGCGGGGGUGGGAGGAGCGGAUCCCGUUACAGCAGAAAGAGCUGCCCUGCACAAAAUAAGCGCUGCGCUGCUUUCCUAUGGUCUUGGUGCUUACAAGAGAUCAAUGGACUGGCUCUAAGACACAAAUGUAACCUGGUACGUUUAA